AUGAACCUCUCUCGCCCACAACCCGUAGAACGGGUGCCAAGAAGAAGAAACAAUAUUGCCAUCGUCGUCGCAGGUCGUCAGCCUCGCUCGGAUUCGCAAUUGAGUUACGAGCAGGUAAACUAUCGUAAAUCGUCACCAGCAAACCGUGAGUGUAAUUUCAGCGUCUCCAGAGUUCAAGUCGGUAUAUUGCGUAGGUUGGAUACGGAAGGGGGGCUUCUCCGCCCCCAGGGACCGUUCGGCCGUCGUCACCGGGGAGGAUUGCGUCGCCGUUGCCUGGCUUUUUCUCGAAAUUGUUGCCUGCAGAGGGCACUCCGUCGAGGCUAG